AUGGCGAACACUAAGAGAAAGAUCGGUGGAGAGGACACGAACAUUACGUUUGAAGAUCAACAGCAGAUUAACACAUUUGCACGGAAAAGUGCCAGAAUCCAAGAACUAAAAGAUGAAAUUGAACAAAAAAAGAAAGAGCUUCAGAAUCUUGAAGAUGCAGGUGAUGAACUGAUGAUGUUAGAUGAUGAUACAACACCAAUUCCUUAUAGAAUAGGGGAAAUAUUUAUCCAUUUGUCAUCAGAGGAAACUCAAGAAUAUCUGGAGAAUGCAAAAUCUAAGAUACAGGAUGAAAUAAAAUCCUUGGAAUCCAACACUGCAGAAGUUAAACAGCUCCUGGCUGAUCUUAAAGUGAAACUUUAUGCCAAAUUUGGCAAUAAUAUCAAUUUGGAGGCAGAGGAGGAGUGAAUAGUGAAACUUUAAGUUUAGCCUUGAUGUUUUCUAACUUAAUCUGGUCAUGUGUAAUUAAAUAUGCAUUGGUGCAUUUUUAGACAGUGGACUAAAGUGUUUGGAGUUAAGAGCCGCACCAAAUGUAACUUUGUCUGCAAAGGUAGCUCAAGUCAAGAACGCAUUGAAUAAAAUAUAUAAAAGAAACCCUCA